AUGUUGGACUUUUUAUUUAAUAGAAUGAACGUAUUACGAAAGAAAGAAAAUGGGCUUAGGAAAAUUAUUGAAUACCCGUUAGAGUUGUCUGCGACGUAUGAAAGAAAGGUUUGUAUUGAGGAAUCGCAAGACAGUGCCAGUCCGUCGCAAGAAAACGGGCUUAGGACAAAGCACAGACGUGAUAAUUGCCCGUUGCAAGACUUAACCCAUCGUCGCAAGAAAAUGGGCUUAGGACAAUUAUUGAAUACUCACAGUGCCAGUCCGUCGCAAGACUUAACCCAUCGUCGCAAGAAAACGGGCUUAGGACAAAGCAGACGUGAUAAUUGCCCGUCGCAAGACUUAACCCAUCGUCGCAAGAAAAUGGGCUUAGGACAAGUACACGUUUCUCAU